AAAAUUGACAGUUUAUAUAUAAUGUGAGGUUAUUUAUUUAUAAUAAAACAUGUUUUAUAUUAUUGGAUUAGGUUUGGGAGAUCCUCAAGAUAUUACUGUUAAAGGUCUUGAAAUUGUGAGAAAAUGUGAUAGAGUAUAUUUAGAAUCUUAUACAUCUAUAUUAACCUGUGGAAUAGAGGAAUUACAGAAAUUCUACGGAAGACCUUUAAUUGUUGCAGACAGAGACUUAGUGGAGUUAGAAGCUAAUGUUAUUCUACAAGGAGCGAGAGAGGAAAAUGUGGCAUUAUUAGUAGUAGGUGAUCCUUUUGGUGCGACAACACAUACUGAUAUCAUCCUACGAGCUAAAGAAAAAAAUAUACCAGUUCAAGUGGUUCAUAAUGCUUCUGUAUUAAAUGCUGUAGGUUGUUGUGGUUUGCAACUAUAUAGUUUUGGGGAAACUGUUUCCAUUCCACUUUGGACAGAUACCUGGCAACCAGAUAGUUUUUAUGACAAAAUAGUGAAUAAUUUUAAAAAUAAAUUACAUACAUUAUGUUUAUUGGAUAUAAAAGUGAAAGAGCCGACCUUAGAAAGUUUAACUAUGAAAAGAAAAGUGUAUUUGCCUCCAAAAUUCAUGACAGUUAGUGAAGCUUCUCAACAAUUAAAACAGAUUAUUAAAAGAAAAAGAGAAGCCGGAGAGAAGCCUAUAGUAGCAGAAGAAGUGUUAUGUGUAGGAUUAGCUAGGAUUGGAUCAGAUACUCAGAAAAUUGUUGUAUGCAAUUUAGAAAUAAUGUCAGCAGUUGAUUUAGGUGCACCUUUACAUUCUUUGAUAAUUAUAGGACCUGUUACACAUCCAAUUGAAAUGGAAUACUUAUCACAAUUUUCAUUAAACAAUUCUGGAUCAUUUUUGUCAUAAUAAAUCGAUUAUUUUCAACACAUUUUUUAUUAAAUUUAUAGUCUAUUGAAACUACUGUUUAAAAAUAAAUUUUAUUCAAUUUAUAAUUAAAAAAUGACCUUACAAUAAAAUCCAAUUGUAAAAAUGUAAAAAGUAAACAUGGAAAUAUAACUGUGUUAGACAGAAA